AUGGGCAAGCUCACUAGCACGAUCGGCAUUCCGAUCAAGCUCCUCAAUGAAGCGCAGGGCCAUGUCGUUACCCUCGAAAUCACAUCGGGAGUCGUCUACCGGGGGAAGCUUUUGGAAGCCGAGGACAACAUGAACGUCCAACUGAAGGAUAUCACCGUUACUGCCCGCGACGGCCGCGUCUCCCAUCUCGAUCAGGUCUACAUCCGGGGAAGCCAUGUGCGAUUCUUCAUCGUGCCGGACAUGCUGAGGAACGCCCCCAUGUUCCGCUCACGAGGCGUGCGUGGCCGCGGUGUCGGUUUGGCCCGUGGUAAGGCCACCGUGCAGCGUGCGCGCGGCCAGCGGAGGGGUUAA